CUUGUGCAUUGUUGGUGCCGGCCGGCUCGUCUGGCCUGGCACUGGCAGCCGACAAAUCCUCCAUCUGCAGAGGUGAAAAACAAAGUGACCUUCCAUUUCCAUCCAACACCAAUGCAGAGAGGAGUGCUGGCUGGCUACAUGCCAACUUGCAGAGCUCAAAUCUUUUCUUUUCUUUUUUUACGACGCCCCUUUCCUCGAGUUUUCCCUCCCUUUAUAACCACCACCACCACCACCCCUCCCGCUGCCGAGCCUUUCUCCUCCUCCCAAGUCCCACGGCAGCAGCCACUAGCUAGCAAGGAAGAAGAGGCCAAGAACUAUCCUUAACUGAUCGAGAUCGGCCGGCCGAUGACGACGGGGGAGGUGGUGGAGGCGGCGGCCGUGCCGCGGGUGGUCUCGAUCCUGUCGGCGCUGCUGCAGCGGGUGGCGGAGCGCAACGACGCCGCGGCGGCGGAGGGGGCGCUGGCGGCGGCGGCGGAGGGGCGGCGGCGGCCGGUGUCGGCGUUCCAGGGGCUCACGAAGCCGGCCAUCUCCAUCGGCGGGUACCUGGAGCGCAUCUUCCGCUUCGCCAGCUGCAGCCCGUCCUGCUACGUCGUCGCAUACAUCUACCUCGACCGCUUCCUGCGCCGACGACCCGCGCUCGCCGUCGACUCCUUCAACGUCCACCGCCUCCUCAUCACCUCCGUCCUCACCGCCGUCAAGUUCGUCGACGACAUAUGCUACAACAACGCCUACUUCGCGCGUGUGGGCGGCAUCAGCCUGGUGGAGAUGAACUACCUGGAGGUGGACUUCCUCUUCGGCAUCGCCUUCGACCUCAACGUCACGCCCGCCGCCUUCGCCUCCUACUGCUCCGUGCUCCAGAGCGAGAUGGCCUACCUCGACCCGCCGGCACCCGUGGACGCCCCACGGCUGCACUGCUACUCCGCCGGAACGUCAGAUCACCACCACGACGACCCCGCCGCCGCCGCCGCCACGGCUGCCGGCUGCCACCGUCACAGUCAGCAGCAGCCGCAGCUCACCGUCUGAUCGACCGACCGGCCGAUAGAUGGAGUCGUUUCUUUUUUUUUUUUUGUCCUGGUGGUGUCAACUCGGCUUCUUCCUCCUCCUCGUCCUCCUCUUCUUCUUCUUGGUACAUAGGUGUUGGUCAUUCCUAGUGAGCUCUGGGGGGUAGUCGGUUAGGUGGAUUUUUGCCAUUGUUCGACGGAUCGUGGAUCAAUGAAAUGGAUGGAUCGGCUUGGGAUCCGAUUCGAUUUGGCCA